CUUCACUGCUGUGGGCAAGGACUUCAUCAGACUCUGUGCUUGCCUCAGAGAAAACAAGGCAAACCUCAGUUGGUCGUGAGAGUAUGACGUCAUCUCAACGAACCAACAAUAAUCCAUCCACACAAGCUGUGAAUACUGCACCUGCUUCUGUAACAUACACCACACCACAAGAUAGCACUGUAGGUGGUAGUGAAGAGAUGUCUCUUGCCAUCUCCAAAUCAGCCGGACGGACAGAGCCUGAGGGCUGUAGUGCAGCACCCCCUUAUAACAUCCCAAUACAGCCUCAAGUUAAAACGCUACAGCAACUUAACUCUGAUUCAUCAGACAGAGGGGGGGUCUCAGAGGAGGAAGAAUGUUCUGCACCCCCUGCUGCACAGAGUCACUCCUCUUCCUCUGUCAAUGAGGAUGCUGAUCAGGAGGAACUGAGCGAUGGGAGCAGUGAGAGCUCACUGGCUGUUAGAGUGUCCAAGUUACUACAGAAUGAAUCUUCAGCCACCAUGAUGUCUAGUAUGCCCAGCACCACAGACCAAGAAGAGAACAAAACCAAAGAGUGGAUCAAGUUAUAUAUAUUGGGACAGCAGUGUGAACUACAGGAGCUGAAUAUAGAAGAUCGAAAGUGCAUUGAAGAGAUCAAGAAGGAGCUGCUGUUAAAAAAAAACAUUAAGAGCCAAGGGAGUACAGAUACAGAGAGCAGUGCAUCUUUCAGUCUUCAAGUCAAUAAAGAGCUCAAUCCUCCUUCAGGGAAGACAUUUUCCACUCUCAGUGAUGAGGACAUGCUGCACUGCCUCAGUAUGGAGCACCCAGAGUCUAACACACAUUUAAAGUGCAUCCCUCACACACAUUUAGAAGCCCGGGUGUGUGAGAUUGCUGCCAGAGAAGGUGUAAACCUCUCUAGAAAACAAUGUCAGACUUUUACGUCCAUCACUAUAUCCACUCGCAGGCGCUCUACUUCCUCCUCACCUUCCACCACCCCUGCCCCUCCCCUCAGCCCAGCCCCACACCCACUGUACCUAUCAGAGCUCUCCAUAGGAACAGGCAGACCCAUUAUUACUGACCAGCCAGUUCCACCUCAUCUGCACGAAGGUGAAGCGGUUGCUGUACCACAGCCAACAAAUGGAGAACCAUCUGUUUAUGAAGCAAGUAAGGGUUUCUAUAACAGACGUCAAAGUGUGAUGUCUCAGUCAGCUUUAAAAAAACUGUGGAGGCAGGACACUCUGGGGGGUCAAUAUGAAGAGUUUCCCCCACUCAAACAAGGUUUAGAUCAAACAGAUGUACCAGCAACUAUCAGACAUGACCGUGCACAGCUCUUCAGUUCCUAUGAGGAGUUCUGCAUUUGUCCCAGCUCUGUUUUGGGUGUUGAUCAUAAACCAAGUCAGGCUGCAUGUUUUGGAUCCACUGCAAGGCCAGAUUACAUCUCACACCUCCAUCUCAAAUUGUCCCCAAAAGUGACCGAUCACACCCCUUCAUCCACUGCCCACUCUAUUCCAUGUGAUGUGGCUUCAGGGCUGCCUCAGCAACUCUUUGUUAUUCCCAAAGACUCAUCUUCAGCUGCCAGCAGCCCAGAUGAAGGCGUUGGUUCAUCCAGUGCACCAGAGUGCUGUGACAGCAGAGAACCUGUAAGACAGCAGGCACCUGAAAGAUCUGACACCUUCAAUCUGUUUAAACCUGUAAGACAGGUGACAGCAGUAUCCACACAGUCCAUAUCACAGCAUAAAACUGAAGCAGUACCAGGAAGUCCAACUGCUGAAACAUCAGCUCCUGUACUGCUUCCUUACAAACCUCAUGGCAGUGAAGAGCUUUUCUAUAUUCCCCGAACAGAAGCUGAUGUCUCCUGCACAGAACAGUCAGAAACCACUAUGGAGAGCACCCACACCGGCUCUGACGACGCGGUGCCUCCGCACUUCACCAGAGACGUCCUCGGAAACAAGGACCCAGGGUUAGACCGCGGAGUCACGUUAAGACACCCAGAGGGCAUCUACAGCAAGAGGCUGAAAGCUGCCAGCUUUGAAAUGCAACAUCCUGAACUCAGAGUAGGUGCCUCCGCAGCAGCCGAUAAAGGCUUCCCAGCUGUGAUUCAUAUGCAUAAACCCUCCUCUCUGGGGGCAAUUACCUUCGCUGGAGAGCCUUCACAAAAUAACCACAAAAUCUCUACAAGGGACCAGGUCACUAGCCCGGUCCAGUUCCUCCAAUACAAAUCAACUGAGAUCAGUCAUAAGAGUGUUCAUCAGGUCCAUGUAGAAACUGUCCAAACCUCUGUCUCCCAGACAAGAGAGCGAGACCUCUCUCAGCUGUACCCCGAACAGAGCAGCAGCACCCUCGACCACCGUUGGCAGAAGUUCUGUAGUCAGUGGAUCACAGAGGUGUCACGUCCUGCCAGUGACGGAGAGGCUUCAUUGUUGAAGCGUCUAGAGUGCUUGUCUCGUCUCAUUGAUCACACAAAUACUGAUUUACAGGAGGAUCAGGGUCAUCUUCUAGAAGAGCAGCUUGGAAGGAUACUGAGGCAAAAAGAAGCACAUCAAGAGGUCAGAAGAAGCAAACGUGAUGCCUUCACUGAGGUUGAGUGUAAAGUUAGAGGGGGUAAAGCUGAACUUCCCAUCCAACAAAGGCUGCAGGUAGAGGAAGCAGAAGAAAAUUAUGGCCAUGCCUCCAUCUCCUCCUAUAGCUCCUCCCAGAGUGUCCACCACUCACCAGCAGACAGAGAUGAAUCAGAGACCUCACUUUUUGUUUCUGGUUCCAUGUCCACUGUGGAUACAGCUCGUCUGAUGCAAGCAUUUGGUCCCCACAAGGUGCAGCACCUGAAAGGCAGCUCCAGCCUCAGGAAACUGUACAGCACUAUUGACAAGCAGCAAGAGAGAGACAGACACAAAGAUAAUCUUCAUGAUGUCAUCCCAUCACAAACCACUGCCACUAAAGAACCAGUUGCUCCUGAUUCAGCAUCAACUUCCAGCACAUGCACCGUCCCAUUACCCCAUGGACCUUCCAGGGCUCUGACAGCCAAGAGGGCCAAAAGAUUGAUCAACAAAAGUGUCCAGACAGGUGACCCUGGGAUUGUGAGGAAUGAAACUCUGCGACACACCAGAGAUGUUGGAACCACGUUCCCUUCUCCUGGUGAAGCUUUUGGGCAGAUCUCUUCAUCCAACAUGGGGAGAGGAAGAAGUGGGCAUAAGAGUCCUCCUAAACCUCACAGCAUCCACCGGCAAAGAAAGAACAAGAGGAGCCCUUCAAAGCCCUGUCCUAAAGGUGUUUCGUGGUUCAUCUCUGCUGACACCCUGAGCUCAGAGACCAAGAAGGAGAACCAUCCCGCUGAGUCGUCUGCUUGGUUUGAACCGUACAGUAGAGUCGGUCCAUGGAGAGCGCCACUCCGACAGAAACAAGUCCAUGAGGACAGAGACAAGCAGUCCUGUUUUAAAGAUUCACCUGAGCCUGAUCCAGCUCCUACAACCAGAACCGUGUUCUCUGAUCUCACCUGUGUCUCCCUGCAGGAGUCUUUGGAGAUGCAUCGGCCAGAGUUUAUCUCACGAUCCCAACAGAGGGUGAGGCAUCUGGCUCUGCAGGUGGAGGAAAGGAGGCUUCAGGCUGUCUUCAACAGAGACAGAGACAUGCUGUUCAACAAGCCACGGAGGCCACCCAGGCUGCCAAAAUCUGCAGGCACCACUCUGCUGAAGAGGGCUGUUCCCAGGAAGGAGAUGAUCCAGAGGUCCAAACAAAUAUACGAGAGUCUACCAGAGGUGCAACAGAGGAGGGAGGAGGAGCGAAGGAAAGCAGAGUGUCAGUCUUACAGACUGAAUGCCCGACUCUACAACAAGAGAAUCACAAACCGUGUCCUGGGCAGAAGAGCAGUUUGGCACUGAGCCAACAUUUGGAUUAGUCAUGAAGACUUAAUACAAAACUAACCAGCAGUUUGUUUGAAAGACAUAUUUUAUUUAUUUCCUCAGCAAAUCAGCCAUUUUUA